UAGCUUGAAACAUGAUCAUGGAAAAGAAACUAUUUCUUCUUCUUGUUCUUGCUCUCCUAGCCUUUCCUUCCCUCAUAAGUUGUCAACUCGGAUCUCUACCGUCGUAUGAUCUUACUACCUUAAACCGAAGUAGCUUUCCUGAAGGUUUCAUUUUCGGGGCUGCUACUGCAGCUUAUCAGUACGAAGGUGCAGCAUCCGAUGGUGGCAAAGGCGUGAGUAUUUGGGAUACAUUUACUAGCGAACAACCAUGGAAAAUUGCAGACGCUAGUGAUGGCAAAGUUGCACUUGAUUCUUACAAUCGUUACAAAGAAGACUUAGAGAUAUUGGAUAGCAUGGGAAUGGAUGCAUACAGAAUGUCAAUCUCAUGGACUAGAAUAUUACCCAAGGGAUCAUUGAAAGGGGGUAAAAAUGAGGAAGGCAUCCAACAUUACAAAAAACUAUUUGAUGACCUUGAAGCUAAAGGUAAAAAGCCUUUUGUGACUAUAUUUCAUUGGGAUGUUCCUCAAGCACUUGAGGAUGAAUAUAUGGGUUUCCUCAGUCCUCAUAUUGUGAAAGAUUACGUGGACUAUGUAAAUGUUCUUUUCGAAGAAUUUGGAGAUAAAGUAAAACAUUGGAUUACUUUUAACGAACCAUACAUGUUUACUAUCGGCGGCUAUGUAAACGGUAGUUUGGCUCCGGGUCGUUGCUCUCCUUGGUUAAAACAGUUGAAUUGCACCGAUGGAGAUUCAGCUGUCGAACCUUAUUUAGUUGUUCAUCACAUACUUCUUGCUCAUGCUGCUGCCGUAAAUUUAUAUAGAACAAAGUAUCAGGAAAAACAAAAGGGUGAAAUUGGAAUCACCCAUGUUGCUGAUGGAAGGAUACCAUUCACAUUUUCGGUAGAAGAUAGGGAAGCUACACAAAGGGCUCUUGAUUUCAACUUUGGAUGGUUUGUGAAUCCAAUGGUUAACGGUGACUAUCCAGAGGUGAUGCGUCGCAUUGUUGGCCUUCGACUUCCAAAAUUUACGGAAGAAGAAUCUGCUUUGUUAAUAGGUUCAUAUGAUUUUAUCGGAAUAAAUUAUUAUACAUCCAUAUACGUAUUUAAUAGAAAAACACCCGCCAAUCCAACACAACAAACCUACUUCACCGAUAUUAAUGCCUACACUUUAUCUGAACGCAGCGGACAAUUAAUUGGGCCUGCGCGAAAUUGGCAUACAUUUCAGGCUGGUUCAGUUUGGCUCAAUGUUUAUCCAAAAGGAAUUAGGGAUUACCUUAUCUAUAUAAAAGAUAAAUAUGGAAACCCAAGAGUUUUUAUAACCGAAAAUGUUUUGUUAUGGUUGAACAGGGAAGGUUCAAAUGUGCAAGGUUACUUUGUAUGGACGUUGUUGGAUGAUUUUGAAUGGAACUCGGGCUAUACAGUUCGUUUUGGCAUUGGUUACAUAGACUUUAAAGACAAUCUAAAAAGAUACAAGAAACUUUCUCACAAAUGGUUCACUAAGUUUCUUAAACCUGAUUUGGAUAUUGUUUGGAGUGAUUUGGAAGUAAAGAAAUUAGAGUGAACCUAUAAUAUUGUCAAUUAAUUGUCAUUCAUGAAUAAGAUUAAAUUACUUGUCA